GAUGUGUGAUUUAAAUCUUGUGAUAUCUCAUAUGUCAAUUGAAUAUUAUCAUUAUCAUAUGCUAAAAACCCACAGAUAGACACAUCAGUAUCAUCAAACGUGGUAAUAUAAAAAAAUUCUUUUGUCGUCAAUCCUUCUUUCGGUGGGACAAGUAGGAAAAAGACUUGUCGUUGUUAUUGUUGUUGUUGAUGAUUAUUAUCUUCAAUUAUAUUUGCUACACUCAACAUCAGAUGGUUUUAUAAUUUUUUUUUGUCUACUAAAAAGUUGAUUCUUUAAAUGACACACAAUUAUUGAUCAUCAUCAUCAUCAUCAAUGUUGUUGAUACAAAAAAUGCUUCAAAUGUUUGAAUUUUGGACAUUUAAUAUUAAUAAAUUUAAAUUGGGCCUUAGCCCAUCUACAACUAAUGCUAAUAGUGGUGGUUCAACAUCAUCAUCAUCGCCAACUCCAUUGCCGUCUUCGGCAGUGUCGGUGGUGAUAUCAUCAUCAUCAUCAUCAUCACCGAACACUAAUAUACCAGGUCAACUGAAUCUCAAACAUAAUCAUAAUCAUAAUAAUAAUAAUUGUAUAAAACAUCCAAAACAUUCGCCUAGUCCUACAAUAAUAACGAAUAAUAAUAAAAUUGAUGAUGAGACAAUAAUAAUUCGGUCAAAAUCACAGCAGCUUCGUCCAUCAUCAUCAUCAACAUCGACAACAUCAUCAAAAUCAUCAUCAUCGUCGUUGAUUCUAGCUGAUACAAAUACAACGACUAUCCAUAAUAAUAAUAAUAAUAAUAAAUCGAUGAUAAAAUGUUUAUCACAAAAUAAACAACAAUCUCAACAACAACGUGGUGGUCCAGCUGGUGGUUUCAAAAUGAUGGCUGCUGCAACAACAACUAAUAAUAAUAAUAAUAAUACUACACCGGAACAAACAGAUUCCACACAGCAGCAACAGCAAACAAUUGAAUCAUCCGGUUCGCCGGUAUCCGGUACAACAAGUCCAAAUAUUCAAAUGGAUAAUAAUAAUGCUACUACUGGCAUCAUGGUAUCCGGUUUGAUGAAUAAUUCUGCCGAUUCUUCUGGUCAAAUACGAUUCUCUGGUCAUACAUUAGAUAAGGCAACCAAAGCUAAAGUUCAUCUGGAAAAUUAUUAUUCGAAUCUCAUUUCACAACAUAUGGAAAGGAGGAUCAGACAUGAACGUCUAGAAGAAUCGAUGCGUGAUGAAGGUCUUUCAGAGGAACAGAAACAGGAAAAACGUAUUCAACAUGCACAAAAAGAGACGGAAUUUUUACGUCUAAAAAGAUCUCGUUUAGGUGUUGAAGAUUUUACUCCCCUUAAAGUGAUUGGCCGUGGUGCUUUCGGUGAAGUGAGAUUAGUACAGAAAAAUGAUACUGGCCAUGUGUAUGCAAUGAAAAUUCUACGUAAAGCCGAUAUGGUUGAAAAAGAACAAGUUGGCCAUGUAAGAGCGGAAAGAGAUUUUCUUGUUGAAGCUGACCAUCAAUGGGUUGUGAAAAUGUACUACAGUUUUCAGGAUUCCAUUAAUCUUUAUUUAAUUAUGGAGUUUCUUCCCGGAGGAGAUAUGAUGACAUUGUUGAUUAAAAAAGAUACAUUAACGGAAGAAUGUGCCCAAUUUUAUAUUGCCGAAACGGCAUUAGCCAUUGAAUCUAUUCAUAAACUUGGAUUUAUUCAUCGUGACAUUAAACCUGAUAAUUUGUUACUUGAUGCACGGGGCCAUAUAAAAUUAUCCGAUUUUGGUCUUUGUACUGGCAUGAAAAAAUCUCAUCGUACUGAAUUUUACCGUGAUCUUUCACAAGCUAAACCCAGUGAUUUUACAUCCAGUCCAAUGGAUUCUAAACGUCGAGCAGAAUCAUGGAAAAAGAAUCGUAGACAAUUAGCCUAUUCAACAGUUGGUACUCCAGAUUAUAUUGCACCAGAAGUUUUCAAAAAAACUGGUUAUGGAGCUAGUGCCGAUUGGUGGUCAUUGGGUGUGAUCAUGUAUGAAAUGUUAAUUGGUUAUCCUCCAUUCUGUUCGGAAACACCGCAUGAGACUUAUCAAAAAGUAAUGAAUUGGCGUGAUACAUUGGUGUUUCCACCAGAAGUUCCUAUUAGUAAUGAAGCACGUGAUCUCAUUUUACGAUUUUGUACCGAUGCCGAUCGUCGUAUCGGUUCACAUCAUGGCAUCGAUGAAAUUAAACAACAUUCAUUCUUCAAGGGCGUUGAUUGGGAACAUAUUCGUGAAAGACCGGCAGCUAUACCUGUUGAAGUGAAAUCCAUAGACGAUACGUCUAAUUUUGAUAAUUUCGAUGAUGUUGAUCUUAAGAUUCCAUCCGCCUCAAAUAAAGAUCCAGAAAGUGGAGGAAUCAAAGAUUGGGUGUUUAUCAACUAUACAUUUAAACGUUUCGAAGGUCUCACUCAUCGUGGCGUGAAACAGCCAAGAAAAAGUUGAAUAAAUAUAGAAAAUCCGACCCAUCAUCAUGAACAUCUUCAUUCUUUUGUUGGUUUUUUUUGUCACUUUCAUCUCAUUCAAUUAAUUUUGUGAUCAAUUAUUUAAAAUUAUUGAUGAUGAUUGUUUCAAAGUAUUCUUCGCAAAUGUUUUUUCCAUUUUCUUAUCUUCGUUGUUCCAAUGUUGUUAAAAACAAAUCAUCGAUAUCAUGAAUGAAGAAAAUAAUCCAC